AGACUAGUAUCUGAGCUGUUACAGAAGAGGCAAGGGGGGAGGGAGCAGAGAUGUUCAUGGGUUACAGUUAAAUACCCACAGUGGGAUUUUAUCUACAUCACAUGGUGUAUGAAACAUCACCCACCUCUUCCUUUUUGUAGACCUUGUCUUGAUAGUUUUUCAACUCAGGCACGCCAACUUCUCAACAGAGACACAACUUGAUCUUUCAGAGAACUUCUGCUGUGGUAAGACAAAUUUUGAUUAAGACUUUUAACUUGAAUGCACAACUUUUGUUAACAUGAAUCUUGAACAAAAAUGUCAUUUAUUCGACAAAUUCAAUUCUCACUUACAAAAGCAAGCAAUUAAAUGGUGCCUGGAAAUGAUCUGUUCCUAAAACUUCAGUUUGUUUUCCUUUUUUCCUUUUUUUUUCUUUUUCAAUUUUUUGUUGUUGUUGUUGUUGGCCUACACUCAUUCUGUGCAUUUAUUUAAAAAUAAUACUUAAGUAUGUCAGUGUGAACAAGAUUAAUUUGGUAUUUUGUCAGAUCAGUUUGUUAAAGUUCUAAAGUUCUAUAAUUUGGGGGUUUAAUAAAAGAGACAGUCUGUGUUUUUUUUAAGUUUUGUCAAUAUUGAAUUCCAUAUCACCCUAUCUGUUAAGUAGUUUUCAUGAUAAGUUUAAAAAGUUAGCAUCUUAUCUUCCCCAGUUUUGACAUGGGACAUCUUAUCACGAUUCUUACCAUGCUUUGAAGAGAUGCUUCAAGUUCCCAAACAUUUAUUACUGUGCACCAAAUUAAGUGCUGAACAUAGACAGACACAACCUUGAGUGUCUUACUAUGUUUAAAAAUAGACAUUUAAAAAAAUAUAUUUAUAAAGCUAUCUUCCAAACUCUUCUAUUUUCUCUCACUUGGACUUUCAAUGAACUACCCCUGGUAUUGCCGGUGUGGUCUUUAAUGAAGUCAGGGGUAAACCAACAUUGGCCAGACUCCAUCUUUAACUGGUACUGCACAAGUCUGGUUGAACAAAGAUCAACCGCAAUGGGAGAAAUGUUUGCCAGAAACUGAAACCUUUGACACUGGGCUUUUGCAAACUACAGAGCUCCUUCUUUUUGUGAAGAUAAAGAACACGCACACUCACACUCACACACACACGCACACACAGUAGCAGGCAGCGUGCAUCUACUGUAUGCCCUUUGACCUGGCCUCUGCAAAAACGUUUCCCUUGAAUUUAAUAAGCUCUCUGCAUUACUCCUCAAUCAUAAUCGUGAAAUGUUUGUAUAAAAAGAAAAGAAAGCUCAGUGUUGUUGAAAAUGGAAAGAGAAAGUUCAAACAACCUCACAGUCCACUUUCUCUCCACAGAAGGUGGAAAAACUCACAUAAAAUUAGCAUACCAAUAUUUUUUUCAGGGCUUGACAAUCUUUGCCUGUCCCACGGUUCCUCUACUGAUAGGAUCAUAAAGCACAAAGGCUUCAGUGAUAGCAGCGCUGACAUGCUUAAUCUUUCAGCUUGAAAUGAUCAACUGUGAGUGGAUUUAGUUAAAAUCAGCAGGCUUUGAAGUCACUGUUUUAUUUGUUUGCUUUACUCAGAGCACAAUGCCUGCAACACUUUAUUGGCCAUAAAGUCUGGGUUUAUGACAUCUGAAGGCAUUUUCUCAUUUACAAGGGGUUUAUUAAUAAAGUGGAAGCCAUGUAAUUAAUCAUUUUGUUUAACAGAAACGUGCAUUUGUGCAUGCUGCUUUGAUGGCAACUUAAUAUUUAAAAUCAGCCUGAAAUGCAAAGCCUUUAAUUUAUUGAUCAUAUACAGCACUGAUGCUUGGGUGUGAUACUGGAUGCAGAACAGGCUGCUGCCAAGCAACCGCAUGCAAAGUGUAUUACACACCCUACUCUAUGUGCGGCAUCAUGGUCACACAGCCACACACAAAUUAUGUUGCACAUACUCUGCAUUCCCCAUGCAUUCCUGAACCUACAUCUCAUUAUAGGUUUCUGUGGUUUCCUAUUAGAUUCAGUGGGAAACAUUUUGGCUGCCUUGUUGAAGCGGUUUUGCAUAUGGCAUAUUGAUUUUUUUGAUGCUAACAAGCACUAAUGGCACUUUCAAAGGCUCUCAGGGUCGCACAAAAGCUGGCGCCAAGAACUGUUUGCCCAUCCCAGAAUCCUCUAGGGGGCUGAAAAAGACCUGAUGAUAGUGUAGUCAGCUUUUAGUGAGACAUCCAAAGGUUUCCUUCAAUUCAUGUAUCUUCCUGUUUUCAGCCCUCAGGGAAAUGUGUCAAUUAGACAGAUGAAAGAAAGUUGUAUAACUGUAGACUGUAAAUAAUUUGAUUGCAAAAUCUACCUUUAGAGAAAAGCACACAGAACAUCACAGCUCAUUAAAAUGGAUUUAAAAAUAAGUGGAUUUAUAUAAGUGAGUCGAUUACAAAUCAUCUCCACCUUGUUCAAGUAAGAAAUGCAUGUUUAUAGAAUUGAAUGUAUGUCUGAUGUAAGCCCCAAAUAAGCCCUAAAAACUACUAAGACUUUUACCAGAUGUGGUGUAAAUCUGCCAUGGUGCCAUGAUGUGAAGUAAAAUAAUGGCAAAGUUUGUUUUACACAUGAAACCAACACUAAUUUGUCUUCAAUUGUGUGUUAUCUCAGUUUGUUUUACGUAACACGUGUACACAUUCCAAACAAGCCUGGGACCAACAUUAAGUCCUCACAGCUGUAACACUAGGUCCAUGUGAGUAAGACUCAAAGUGCACGAUUAAACAAAAGAACUAAUUGUUUUUAAGGUAACAUGAGACACUUUCAACCAGCUUGACGUAAUUUGAAGAAACAAAAAACAACCAACCACACUGUGAGUUGAUUUUCAUUUCUUCCUGUCUACGUGUAAACACAAGUGUGUAACAGGCUUUGUUGUGGUGCAGUUAAGCCCUCAGAUGCAGUUUGUCUACUUCUGGAAAACAACCAGGCCUUUGAAAAUGUGCCGAACAGCAACGCACAAAUGCAUUUUCACACAACAUUGUGCAUUGCUCUGAGUAUAUUUGUUCAUUUUCAGUUUGUUUCUCAGUAUCUUAAAGUUUAAUAAGAAGUUAAUGAUAAUACAGGGGAUUGAAAGAGUAAUAAUGAAGGCUUUGACUUGAUACAUAGAGCCAAACCACAUUGAGGCUGCAUAUUUGGCUCAAAAAUGAAUGUCCUGCCCUGCAUGUGCAUCCACUAAAGUACUCCUACUUCCCAUUUUUUUUUACACUGUACACUUCAGUUUGCAGGACAAACAAUGACAGGAAACUUGCUAGAAAAAUGACAAAAAUGUCUUUGUAUGCAGGACCAUCCCAUGAAAAUUUAUCUUGUACUGUUUCAGUUUUGAUUUCUCUCCAGCAAAUGAGUGGAUUGCUGAAGGGGAGUUUUGAGGCUAAUGAUGGCAGCCACCACAAUGGAAAUAUUGACUCUACAUGCAAAACUUGUGAAAUUUUCAUGAUAUCUUGAUGUAAUGGAAACUAAAAUGACCUUAAAUCCAGUGUUUGACAGAGAAAUGAGCUAUUCAGACUAAAACACUUUCUGUACCAGACUUCAAACAUUAUUCUUGCUGUAAAGAUUGGCAUUUUAGAAUGGGUGUGUAUGUGGUUUUCUGAGUUUUUAAAGACAGCCUCAAGUGGACACUCAAGUGAACUGCAAUCUUAAACUCCUCCUUACAUAAAGCCUUCAUAGUCUCUGUGCACUCAUAAAAAAGGGAAGUUUGAAAAGCAAUACCUAAUUUAAUCAGUGUUAUUGAUACAUUGAUCCACUUACUUGUGGUUAUCUAGUGGUUCAUUUACUGGACAAAGGGCAAAAUCAUAACUGGAGUAUCAGGAAUCCUAUAAACCUUUUUAGAUUACAUUUAUUUUCCCUGUUUAUCCCACUAUAACAACAUGAUACACUCAUGGUAAUCCCAUUAAAUCCAUCAAUAUCCCACUUUGCUGGAAGCAAGUCAAAAACAGUAUGACGGGACGUGCAAAGUAUUAAGGACAGGCCUCUUGGGACAGCAUCUUAGCCUAGUGGAGACAACAUGUGUAUACUUCCUGUUAGUGUCUCUGUCAGUGCUCUUCACAUAACUGCACUUCCUGCCAGGAUGAGCCAGAUCUCUCUGUCUAUUUCUGUUUCAGUGUCAGUCUCUCCAUCUCUGCCCCAUGCUGUCACUGUCUGUUUGUGUGGGUGUUAUAUACGUGAUGUAUCUGAGCUGUUACAUUCACGUCAUAUGUUCUACAUGGCCAUCCUAAAAACACACUUAUUAAACCUUAAACUGCUUUGCAUUGAAACAGCAAAGGAUUAUGGCGGUUUAUUAGCAUAUAAGUCUCAUUUUGGUAACUGCUAAGUAAUAAAUGAUAAGAUUAGCUCGAGGCAGCCUCGCUUGACUCUAAAUAGAAAUGCACAUAUAGAAAAUGGAUGGGUGAAUAGAGACCAAUUUUCAGCACCAGUGGUUUCUCAACAUUCUCAGUCUGAAAAGGGUUUUAUAAGAACCAUUUAGCUUUGUAGUAGGUGAAGUAAAAAGUAUAUUGACUGGGUUAUUCCUAGGGUUAGGUUGAGCUGAGGUUGGGAGGUUUGGUUUGGUUUGGGUUUAAGUUUGAGUUUAGGCCGUUAGUUUCUUUUGGAGUGCGGUUAAGAUAAGGGUUGGGUGACAUAGUGUGUUAGAAUUUGUGUUUUUCCUUUUCUCUUUGCACAAUAUGCUUUGAUGCAGUUCAAUAUUUAAGUGUUCUUAAACACACAAACACCCUGUUAUGAGGACUAUCUCUAAAUGUACCUCUCCUCUCUUUUUACUUUUCAGGAUGAAGAAAAAAAUGAAUCGCCCCACUCUGGCAUUGCCUUUCCAUUUCUGAUUCAUCUGGAAUAAAUGACCUCACACCAACUGACCAUGAUGAAUGCCUCAGCCAAGCCCCCAACCAACUACACCCCUCUGUGCUACUCCAUCAACAACCCUCCAUUCAAACUCCCGCCCACCAUUGCCUCAGCCUACUUUUCAUCCAUUUUCGGCACUCUGGGACUCACCUCUAAUCUCAUUGCCUUUGUUGUUCUUCUCAAGUCCUUCCGAAAGACCCAUAGCCGCUCUCGCUCCUCCUUCCUGAUCUUCCUGGGUGGCCUGGUCAUCACAGACUUCAUGGGUCUGCUGGUCACCAGCUCUAUUGUGAUCCCCUUCCAUCUCACACACUUUAACUGGCGCAAAUUAGAUCCAGACUGCCAUUUCUGCAACUUUAUGGGUAUGUCCAUGGUCUUCUAUGGUCUGUGCCCACUCCUGCUUGGUGCCACCAUGGCAGUGGAGCGCUUCAUUGGCAUCAACCAUCCAUUCGCUCGCUCCACCAGCAUGCCAAAGAGCCGCACAGUCUCCAUGGUGCUGAUGGUGUGGUUUACUGCUGGUUGCAUAGCUUUGCUGCCUAUCACAGGUGUUGGGAGCUACCAUAUACAGAUGCCAGGUUCCUGGUGUUUCUUAAACAUCAGCUCAGAGGGAAAUGACCUGAUCUUCUCCUUGCUCUUCUCUCUGGUGGGGUUGAUAAGCCUCGCAGUGUCCUUUAUACUGAACACUGUGAGCGUGGUGACACUGAUCAAGGUGUGCUGUGGACAGGACGGUUCCCAGCGUCGCAGAGACCACGAAAUAGAGAUGAUGGCUCAGCUUAUCCUCAUCAUGGUCAUUGCUUCAAUCUGCUGGUGCCCUCUCUUGGUAUGUUUCCUUUUUUGACUCAGUGUGUCCUGUCCUGAAAUUCCUGUUCUCUAAGCUGCAUUUACAAACUUUACAUACAAUCAUUCAUGACUAAGAUCAAAGCAAAGGACCCAAGCGUCUGUGAAAUUAUGACUUUCUAAAUUAUCUGAGAGCACUCAACCCUGUCCCCCAUCUAGUUCAAUCCACUAUCAGCAUUGCUCUACAACUCUUUGAACCAUACCAUUGCAUCACGAGGCCCUUUCCUUUCUGUUUCCUGAUGAUAUGCCUCAUUUCUUCUCAGAAAUGCAGCUUCCUUAUUCGCUCAUCUGAAAGAUUUCUGGUCUUACUCUGGAUCAGAGGGCCUCUUAAUGCCUUAUGGUUCAUUGAGAUGAAGCAUCAGCUUUACAAAGUGGUUGGAAUCAAUGCCUUAAUAGGAAAUAUCCAUCUUGUUUUAAAGCAAAUUUCACUUUUGUCAGAUAUUGGUUUUGUUGUUUUUCAAAUUACAUUUUUUGAGGAAAUUGCUGGAAUUGCAACAUGAUCAGGUCCAACAGGGCAACAGACAAGAGUGGUCAUAUGCCAUUUAAAACUAAAUCCCAGAUAGCUUCACGUAAGAUUAAACUUUAAGCUAUAGCUUUCAAUCCUAAACCUGUUCUUAGACCCAGUUUACUGAUUUUCAGAUUAAUCUUUUAUUCACAAACAGUAAAACUCUCUGACUAUUUGUUCAUUGUCCCAUUGGCCAUAAUUUUAGGAUGUAGCUUUUUAUGCGUUAUGACCAAAAUACAAGCCAAAAAGAAAAUAAAGAAAAAGGUAUUAAGUACUGUUUUCCUUCAAAUCAACAUUAGCUGACUAAGUUUGAGAGUUAUUAUAAAGCCUAAAACUAAUGAAGCAAAAUGAAGAAUUAAAUACUACCUUCUUACUCUAGAUUAAUGACACCUCCUUAUUUAUCUAUUGUGUCUUAGUUAUAAUUAUGUUUUUUUCAUGGAUUAAGAUUAAAUUCCCUUUUAUGUUUUCAGUUCUUUUUCUUCUAGUACCUUGUAGUCUAUGUGUUGCUUUCGCCUUUGCCACCUUUAACACUGUCAGCUUUGUCAGCAUCUCUUCUUGGGGAUAACCAAGAGUUUAAUUUUCUGAUCACAGAGGCUUUCGGAUUUAGGAAUAGAGGGUGGCCCAUGUUUUCCUGCAGAUCUGUCUAAUCUCAGUUGUGUGACACUGUACAGAUUUAUAUUCUGGUGAACGUGGCGACUGCUGCUCCUGUCACCGCUGAAUUUCUUUUGUUCGCCAUACGAAUGGCCACCUGCAAUCAGAUUCUUGACCCCUGGAUUUACAUCAUGUGUCAAGUGUCCCGACUAAGGCGAGUAAAAAGUAAAUCAAAAAGACCUAUAAAGUUUUUAACAAUCACACAGCUCCCCAUAGUAACUGCUAACUUUGUGCUGUGGUUGGCCGGCUACCUCAGCCUGUUCCAAACAUCUGCCAACGACAUUCCUGGAAAGAAUCAUUUGCACAUCACAGUCCAUCCCCUGAGCUUCCAAAACAUUAACCUUGAGCUAAAAUUACCAUAUGGGAAAUGCCUCACAGUGCGGACGGAGUCCCAUCUUGGUUUGGCUGCUGCUACAUUCACUCUAUUCCAUUUACUGUCAAGUAACAUUUCAUUAGAUACUUUCAGCCCUUUGUUGUGUUUGUAUUUUCCUCUUGUGCUGGCUUUCAAUCCUCUUUAACCAACGUAGAUUCUUACUCCUCUUAACACUGAUGUGUAAUCUGAAGAUUGUGGAGUUGCUUGGUUACUCGAACAUUUCUUUAAGGCAGAGCUGCAAGAAAUCUUCACCACUAAGAGUUAAAUCUAGAGAAAUAGGCUGUGGCCUGUAAGAUACAGCCACAGUAACUUAUCUACUUUCAGCCUGAAAUAUUUUUUUCUCUCUUAAAGUGAGAAUAAAUGCUUCCCUCUGUGAAAGGGGAAGAUAACAAUGAAGCCAACUCGCAUCUUGGAAAACUCUUUAGUUGUCACAGUCCCUGGAGCACCUCUGCCUCUGAGAAAAGUCUGCCUAAUUAAAACAAAGGCUUUGCACUUCAUCAUAACACUUGCAUGCAACAGUUUUAUCACAUUUCAGGAUUGAGGAUUCUGUCUUCCUUGCGCAUGCAAUUUUUGGAUGUUAACCACAAGAGAAGAGCGUCUGAGAUAAUUCAAAUUUGGAUCAGAGACAACAAUAAGCCAAUUUGUCAUUCCUAAAGGAGCUUGUUAGCAUGUGUUGCCCCCUCAAGAGACUGUUGGGCUAAUAAGGCUAUGCCUCAUGUAAUAUUCCCAGCUUUGCUAAAAUAGGGGGAUAAUUGUGUUGCUGUUGCCACUGCCUCAUGAGGGACACAGAAAAUUAGCCAUUCUCUCAAUGGACUAUACAAAUGUGUGUGUGUAUGCGCAUAUUGGCCAAUUGGAAUAUUAACCAAUUUUGUCUGUUCUCACUUGUUUCUGAUUCCUAAUCUUUCGUUUCUACUGGUUUAACUUUAAACUGUGGUCACUUUUCUAAUUGACUUCCUCUCUUCUUUCCUCAUUUUUCCCCAUCGCACUUUUCUCCAUUUUCAUUUCUUUCCUUUUUUCCUCUUUGCACUCUAUCCCUGUCCCUUUCUCCAUCCCAUGACCUCCAGGUCUUUAUUGCACAAACUGUGCUGUCAGGAGGUCCUCUUCAGGUCCGGUACCUACUGCUGUGGCUACGCUUCGCCACCUGGAACCAGAUCCUGGACCCCUGGGUAUACAUAUUGUUCCGAAGGGCAGUUCUCAAGAAGAUCUACCCGCGCUUUGACUGGUCUCGGGGCUCCAUCAUGAGUUUGUACCCAUCCCUGGGUGAGACAGUCCGCAGGUUCACUCGUGCUUCACUUGGGAACGUCCUGAGCUCCGAUGACACAGCAGAAGAAGAGAAAUCAAAUGCAACAGGGACUUCUGCUUUGAAGCUUCCUUCUCCUUCCCAGUGAUUGUUGGACUUGAGUUGCGGAAUGAGGGAAAUUAUUUGGAUGAUGGAUUGUGUUCAAAAGGCAAUUUUUCAUUUAAUCUGUGACUAAGACAAGAAGCAGUAUUGCACUUAUAUUUUUACAGUUUAAAUGGCGUAUUAUUGAUUUUUAAGCAGUAUUAGCUGGCACUUAAACAUGCAGUCUUUUUAGUGGCUUUACAGAACACUGCAGAAAAUUAGACUGCUAAAAGUGUUCUCUAUUAAAAACUUUCAUGUUUGGUUUUAUUCAAACAGCCUGUGCUGAUACAGGCACAUUUUUAAAUGUGAUUCUUUAUUGUGGUGAAAAACAAAUAGGCCUUUGAGCACAUGUUGCCUCUGCUCUGAUGCUCCAGAAGGAAUACAGCUGUGUUUCCAGUCACAUAGAAAGUAUUGUUCCCUCCUUUCUAAAAAAUGUCUUUCCUACAAUACUUUGGACAGUCUAUCUGUAAUCUUUAAAACAUGCUCUUCUAAAUCCAGACUGAUCCUAACCUUGUGUAGGUGCUGCUGUGAAAAUGCAAUGACUUGAGUGAGAUGUUGCUUAUGCUGCCAGAAGCUUGCAGCUUCCAUUUCAAAAUGUAAAUAUGCAACAGGUUACAAUGCACGUAAUUUCUAAAUCUUUCUAUGAUCAAAUUUUUCAAACUUGAUCAGUUUAACUUUUGACACUUCUAGGUUUGUCAGAAGAAAAAUGUUGUGAAAAGUAGAUUAACAUUUUCAAUUGUUAAGAUCAGAAACUCUCCAAAGAUUAUUCUAUCUGAGAUUCGUUGUACUGCAUGAAAGGUCAAACUAUUUGCACAAAGUUUGAAUUCACUGGCUGAGAAAUGAUGGUAGACUUUCUACUGCAGGCCAAUGAAAAUGUCAUUGUUACGUGAGGGUUUAAGCUUCCUGUCAUCUUGGUAAGUGUUAUGAAUCAUACAACUUACAUCAACACAAACAUGUCAUAUUAUCAUUAUUUAUUCUACAUCAUGUUACAACAUCUAUGCCUGAUCAGUGUACCAGAUAUUUAUGUCGCUCUUUUAUUUUCUGCCUUAAACUGCCCACUCAUCCAAGGUUUUGAAAAUUAAAGAAAUUCAGAGAUAUUAAAAUAUAUCAAAAAUAUUUGCAGGUAUUUAAAGACUAAAUUAAGUGAUAAAAGUUGUGCAGAUGUUGACAGCCUGAGAAAUACAAACAGUGUUGAAUUAUCCUUCGUUGAACGGUUGUUCUAAACAAAGUUUCAGCUAACCUUUCCUCUGCGCCUCUGUUCAGUGUUAGCCACAUUGUUUUAACUGCUGUUUGAAGCAGAUCUGUUUCUUAGAUAUGUUUAACUAACACUGCACUGCUAGGAAGGUGUUUAUAGGAAAAUGACACUGUAGCUCAUUAUAAAUUUAACUGUUAAAGUCUGACCAUUUGAGGAGUUUCAUGCAACUAUUCCAGCAAGAAGAUUAUUCUGAGAUGCUGUCAAUGUAGUGAAAUUGAUCUGAUAAGGUAAAAGUCUCUCUUUAACCACUGGUUGCUUGGUAACCCAGAUGUCACUCUAUUUGUCUUAUCACUCAGAUCAGAGUGCCACUCUAAACCGAUCAAAAACCCGAUCACUGAUACAUGGAUGAGAUGUGUCUCGCUUUAGCUCCAACGGUAUAUGGGACAAAGUGUAAAGUGAAUAUACUUUUCUGAAAUGCUUUGUAAGUAUACAUAAACUGUGAAUAAAGGAACAGUAUGGGCUUUUCUGUUACAGAAAAA